AACGGCAAGAGGUUGGAUGUGUCACCAGGUGUCAACUAUGGCCUCACAGUUGCAACCAUUUGACAAGGUCUGUCUGAGAACAUGAGGCCCUUCUAUUGCCCGGCUUUCUCUCAUCGUGUUGCCUUGUAUCCCCUUCUCUCUCCCAAACGCCAUUCUUGGCCGUUUCAAGCUUAGAAAAAGGUAUCAAUCUUCUCUCCUCCUCUUAGUUUGAAGACAUGGAAAGCUUUCGUGUGUUCAUGUGUUCAUGGUUGAUGGCGGUCAAGCGGCGAUGAAUUGAUAUCACUGGGUUCUAGCAGAAGCUUAAGCAGCCGCCCAUGGCGACACGGCCGUCGCCGCGGUCGCGAGACAGCGCGCGGCCGAAAAGCACAAGCGGGAGGCCUCCGUCGAGCCCGCGAAGCUCCGACACCACCCGCCGCUCCUCCUUCACCGCCGCCUCGUCGUCCGACAAGCCGGUGCCGUCCUUCCUCCGCCCCACCGUGAGCUCGUCCCUGCACAGCUCGUCUUCGUCAUCGCCGUCGUCGUCGUCGUUGUUGUCGUCGUCUCCCUCCUCCAAGGGCACCGGCACCACGCCGAGGAGGUCCGCGGACAAGGCCCCGUCUGCGUCUGCAGCUUCGUCGCGGCCGAUCACGCCCAAGGACAAGGCCCCCGCUGUAGCGACGUCGCGGCCGAUCACGCCCAAAGACAAGGCCAAGGCGGCGGCGGCGUCGACGUCGCGAUGGUCCGCGGUGUCGCCGAGGCAGCUGAUGCAGAAGGCGUCCAAUGCCUUUACAAGAGGCAGCAGCAGCAAGUCGCGCGCUGCCAAGAAAGACAAGGAGGCGGCCACCCCGGCGGCGACCUCGGCCGCCGCCAAGGACGCGGCCACUCCGGCGUCGACCUCGGCCGUCCGCAAGAAGGCCGCCACACCGGCGACCUCGGCGGCUGGAAAGGCGGUGGCCGGUGCUUCGCCCGGGCCGACGAGAGCCCAGCCCACGGAGGAGCACCACCAGCAACCCACUGAAGCGCCGCCGGCCGAACCGUCACCUGCCGCCGCCGCGGUGCAAGAAGAGGCGGUGACUUCGAGAGCCCAGCUCACGGAGGAGCACCACCAGCAACCACCUGAAGCGCCCGCCGAGCCGUCACCUGCCGCCGUCGCCGUGCAAGAAGAAGCAGCGGCUGCGGAGACCGAAGCAGAGCAAGAAAAACAACCGGAUGAGACGCCGCAAGAAGUCGUCGCGGCAGUGGAGGAGAAAGUUCAAGACGAGCAGGUUAGCACGGAAGCAGCGGAGGAAGCCAUCGCCGUCGAGGAGGAUGCCGCCGCCGUGAAGACCGAUGCGCCGGAGCCGGAAGAGACGCAGACGCAAACCGGUGCCAUUGCAGAGUCGGAAACAGAGUUUCAGAGGAGUUCAGAGGAUGAGCCGGCAUCCGACGCCAUUGUCGAAGAAGCGGCGAUCGAAUCUGCAACGCAGAAUGAGCCAGAUGAACCAGAAUCCACCACGGUUGAAGAGAUGGCCGUCGAGGAGGAGAUCAAGACCGAUGAGAGCCAACAAGAAGAGACGCCAAAACCAGAAGAGAGAAUGGAGAACUCUGAAACAAGCGUGAUCUCUGAAGAUCCAAAAGAAAUGGAUGCAAUCUCUGAAGACCAAAAGGUGGAAGAACCCGUGGUUGCUGAAGAACAAGAGGAACUCUCCGAGGUUGUAAAAAUGGCUGUCGAGCCGAGCAUCUCGUCAGAGCCAGCAACGCCGCUGGAGGAAGAAGAUCGCGACGACGUGGAGACGGAGCAAGCGAACUCGUCGGAGCCCGCAACGACGGUGGAGGAAGAAGAAGAUCGCGACGACGUGGAGACGGAGCAAGCGAGCUCGUCAGACCCCGCAACGCCGUUGAACGAAGAAGCUAUCAACGAGGAGGGCACGUCGACGGAGACGGGGAAGACGAAGAAGGUGGCGUUCAAGGGGAGCAAGGUGAAGACGGCGAUGGAGAGGCGGCCGGAGGGGGAGCAGCCGAGGAAGAAGGACGUGGCGCGGAGCAACGACGUGAUCGAGGAGACCAAGAGGACGCUGAUGAUGAAGAGGAAGAGCAAGGUGAAGGCGCUGGUUGGGGCGUUCGAGACGGUCAUGGACACCCCCAGCCCGGGAAAAUCGAGCUGAUUUUGAUUUGGAUUUUUUUUUCUUUUUUUUUGGAGGGAAAGCUUCAGCGGUGAUGCACGUAUUGAGUGGUUUGAAUUGAACUGCGAGGUGUGCUUUGUGGUGUGAUGUUUCGGUUUCUUGUUCUCUUUGUUGCAUUGAUCGUUGAUUGAUUCUUCUGAUAACUGAAACAAAUGGAAAUGUUAUUGUCGAUUUGUUUGUUUGUUGAUCAUUCGAUCUAGUGUUGUUUACUAGGCUUAGUUGUAUGUAACUAAAAAGGGAAAUAGCUGUGUGUUCUUGAGAGCUGAGACUGGUGUGGUUGUCAACUUGUGCUACAUUGCUGAGUUUUGAGAUUUAUGCUUGUAAACAAUUAUUGAUGACAUGCAAUCCAUUUUGUACGUUUUUUA